GGAGGCACCCGGCUCACUUUUCCACAUCACUUCACAGUUACAUUUGGCAGGCAAGCGGGCUCGCACGCCGGAGCGCUCGGCCCAGAAUUAGUGGAUGGAUUUCGAAUCUCCCUGCAUCUUCGAAGCUCCUCCGCCGCCGCUUUGGGCAUAAACCAGAGCGUCAACACGCCAGCUGUACUUUUGGGCUGCGGACACCCAGAGCCCAGCGCGCCCGCUUUGCGUCUCCGCACCAGGCUCCGCAGCUCCGAGAGGCAUGAACACGAUUCGGAGGCGACUACCCGGAGAGCGGGCAUUCGUGGACACUUGCCGCCCUCAGGAGAUGACCCCCAGCUCCUCCGGCCAUUUAUGAACCUGGAGGCUUGAGGUUUUUCCGCAGCCCGGAGCCCGCGACCUGAGAAAUUUCAAUGAAAAGGAAAGCCAAUGGAUCGUGGUCUUUGAAAGGAUGCUUAGACAUGUCUGUUUCCUGGUUCUCUGAACACGUGGCAGAGCUGUAAGUAACUGCUCCACACUACGUGAUGAAUUGGAUGGCUUCAGACCCGAGGCAAAAAUAAUAAUUGUCUCAUUUUCGCGCUGAUUUGCUUAACUGGUGGGACCAUGCCAGAAAGGCUAGCUGAGACGCUCGUGGACCUCUGGACUCCAUUAAUAAUAUUAUGGAUUACCCUCCCCACUUGUGUGUACAUGGCUCCGAUGAAUCAAGCUUAUGCUUUAACCACUGGAUCCCCUUUGGAACUAAGCAGGCAGAGUGAAGAACUGCGGAUUUUGAACCGCUCCAAAAGAGGCUGGGUUUGGAAUCAAAUGUUUGUCCUGGAAGAAUUUUCUGGACCUGAACCGAUUCUCGUUGGCCGGUUGCACACAGACCUGGAUCCUGGAAGCAAAAAAAUCAAGUAUAUCCUAUCAGGUGAUGGAGCUGGGACAAUCUUUCAAAUAAAUGAUAUAACUGGAGAUAUCCAUGCUAUUAAAAGACUUGACCGAGAGGAAAAGGCUGAGUAUACAUUAACAGCUCAGGCAGUGGACUGGGAGACAAACAAACCUCUUGAGCCUCCUUCUGAAUUUAUUAUUAAAGUUCAAGACAUCAACGACAAUGCACCAGAGUUUCUCAAUGGACCUUAUCAUGCUACUGUGCCAGAGAUGUCCAUUUUGGGUACAUCUGUCACUAAUGUUACAGCCACGGAUGCAGAUGACCCAGUUUACGGAAACAGUGCAAAGUUGGUUUACAGUAUCUUGGAAGGACAGCCGUAUUUUUCCAUUGAGCCUGAAACAGCUAUUAUAAAGACUGCCCUUCCAAACAUGGACCGAGAAGCCAAGGAAGAGUACCUGGUCGUAAUCCAAGCCAAAGAUAUGGGAGGACACUCUGGAGGUCUGUCUGGAACCACAACACUUACAGUGACCCUUACUGAUGUUAAUGACAAUCCUCCAAAAUUUGCACAGAGUUUGUAUCACUUCUCAGUACCAGAGGAUGUGGUUCUCGGCACUGCAAUAGGAAGAGUUAAAGCUAAUGAUCAGGAUAUUGGUGAAAAUGCACAGUCAUCCUAUGAUAUCAUUGAUGGAGAUGGAACGGCACUAUUUGAAAUCACUUCUGACGCCCAGGCACAGGAUGGUGUUAUAAGACUGAGAAAGCCUCUGGACUUCGAGACCAAAAAAUCCUAUACACUGAAGGUGGAGGCAGCCAAUAUCCACAUCGACCCACGUUUCAGUGGCAGAGGACCCUUUAAGGAUACAGCAACAGUCAAAAUUGUUGUGGAGGAUGCUGAUGAGCCCCCAGUCUUCUCUUCACCAACUUACCUCCUUGAAGUUCAUGAAAAUGCUGCUUUGAACUCUGUGAUUGGCCAAGUGACAGCACGUGACCCUGAUAGCACUUCUAGUCCAAUCAGGUUCUCCAUCGACCGUCACACUGACUUGGAAAGACAGUUCAACAUCAAUGCAGAUGAUGGGAAGAUAACACUGGCAACUCCACUUGACAGAGAAUUAAGUGUCUGGCACAACAUCACUAUCAUCGCUACUGAGAUCAGAAACCACAGCCAGAUAUCCCGAGUGCCCGUUGCUAUUAAAGUGCUGGAUGUCAAUGACAACGCCCCUGAAUUCGCAGCCGAAUAUGAGGCAUUUUUAUGUGAAAAUGGAAAACCCGGCCAAGUCAUUCAAACAGUAAGUGCCAUGGACAAAGAUGAUCCCAAAAAUGGACAUUAUUUCUUGUACAGUCUUCUUCCAGAAAUGGUCAACAACCCAAAUUUCACCAUCAAGAAAAAUGAAGAUAACUCCCUGAGCAUUUUGGCAAAGCAUAAUGGAUUCAACCGCCAGAAGCAAGAACUCUACCUAUUACCUAUAGUGAUCAGUGACAGUGGGAACCCACCUCUGAGCAGCACCAGCACCUUGACUAUCCGGGUCUGUGGCUGUAGCAAUGAUGGUGUGGUCCAGUCGUGCAAUGUUGAGGCUUAUGUCCUUCCCAUUGGACUCAGUAUGGGCGCCUUAAUUGCCAUAUUAGCUUGCAUCAUUUUGCUGCUAGUCAUUGUGGUUCUGUUCGUUACCCUAAGGCGGCAUAAAAAUGAGCCAUUAAUUAUCAAAGACGAUGAAGAUGUUCGGGAAAACAUCAUUCGCUACGAUGAUGAAGGAGGCGGGGAGGAGGACACAGAGGCUUUUGACAUUGCAACUUUGCAAAACCCAGAUGGAAUUAAUGGAUUUUUACCCCGUAAGGAUAUUAAACCAGAUUUGCAGUUUAUGCCAAGGCAAGGGCUUGCUCCAGUUCCAAAUGGUGUUGAUGUCGAUGAAUUUAUAAAUGUAAGGCUGCAUGAGGCAGAUAAUGACCCCACGGCCCCACCAUAUGACUCCAUUCAGAUUUAUGGCUAUGAAGGCCGAGGGUCUGUGGCUGGCUCCCUCAGCUCCUUGGAGUCCACCACAUCAGACUCAGACCAGAAUUUUGACUACCUCAGUGACUGGGGUCCCCGCUUUAAGAGACUGGGCGAACUCUACUCUGUUGGUGAAAGUGACAAAGAAACUUGACAGUGGAUUAUAUAAACAAUCUAUGGAACUGAGCAUUCUGUAAUAUUCUAGGGUCACUCCCCUUAGAGACAACAAAUGUGGCUAUUUGUUUUAGAGGCAAGUUUAGCACCAAUCAUCUAUAAACUCAACCACAUUUUAAUGUUGAACCAAAAAAAAUAAUAAAAAUAAAAAGUAUAUGUUAGGAGGUUAUAAAUCUUGUGGAGUGUGAAUUAAGUAUGUGGAGUGUCUAGAAGUCUUUGGAUAUUUGAUGUUUACCUGACUGCCUCAGUCAGAGAUUGGGAUCCUAGUUAAUCAUUAGAGAAUUGUUUAAGAGGAAAAAAAAUUAAAAGGUGCUUUAUUAGAAAAAAAAAAAAUGGACCUACAAGAAUUCUGCUGCUGAUAUGUGUCUUCUGCAAGGAUUUUUAUGAGUGCAAAUGGUUUUUUUCCCCUUCACCAAUAAGGAUCCCGUCACAAAUGAUAAAGCAAUACUUUGGUCUGCUGUACGUUAUGACUUUAUGGAGAUUGGGGAGGCCUCCUAGAUUAUAUGGUACGGUGACCACAUGUUGUACAUAAAUGUUGGCCCCACUCACCAGAGACUGAAUAGCAUCUUUAAAUAUUGUGUCGAGCCUUAAAAUAUUCACAUGUUCGUAAUCCAUUCCAGGGUGGGGAAUGCCAACUCAAAGGUGGGAGGAGAGAAAUGCCAUUCAAACAGGCUGUGUCUAGAAGCAGGAUUCCUGGUUCCCUCCACUUCAUCUUCUUCCACAAGGACACAGAGAUAAACUGUAUUCCAGAGUGGACCACAUCAGAGACAGAUGGUUUUAUUGCUAGCGUGUGAAUUUAUUUGUUUAAUCCUCAAAAUAAAUAUUUUAUUGAUGUCCAAUAAUGCUUUUAUUUAUUAAGGUUGGUAAUCUAUAGAUUAAGGGAUUAUAUGGGGGAAAAUUAAAUUAUAUCCAUUAAUAAUCCUUUAGAUUGUUUUAUAUUAAUAUCUAUACAAUGAAUGUUUAAUACAUGUACAUUUUGAUGAGCUAAGUAUGGCAGGCAAUAUUAUCAAGGGGAGAGGUAAUAGUCUCUUUAGAGUAGAAAGUGUUUUGUGACUGGUAAUGACAGGAACAGCAUUUCCCAGAGAAACUUUUGGACUGUUUUCUAUUUUCUUCAUAAUCCUAGUAUUUGGUGUUUUUACUACAAGCACAAACAUCUGAAAGUAUAUUGAUUCCUGUGAAUAUUUAAACUCUAGACUUUUAGAUAUUUACAUAAUGCCCCACCCAAUAAAAAUGCUUCAAGUUGUCCUCCCCCAACUAAUUUAAAGCAGGAAAUGAUUUGUACAUAAUUUUACUGCUUAUGUUUUUUACACUUCUGUCCCUGGUCAUGGUGAUGCGCAGAACGUGUUAGAUUACAAAAAACCGAGCAACACUAGGAGAUGUGAGCAUAUUUAAUUUGUAAUGCAAACCUGCCAUGUAGAAGUAGAAAAUGUAUGAUAAAACUCAAGUAUUACAUGCAGAUCAUUUUACUUUUCUACUUUGCUUUAAUGCAAUAUUGUUUAUUUACUCCAUGUGUUGUAUUCAGAGAAACUCCUGUAUUGUUUCCUACUUUGUGAAAUAUAUUUUUAUAAAUACCUUUGUUGUCAUCAUUUUGUCCAGCUACAUGAAGAUUUCUUGGCAGAGCAAUUGACUUUAACUGACAUUCCAAACUGUGCAAUCAAAUCAUACUGUGGGGCACUUUUAGUUUUAAGAGUCUUUAUUAUAAUAAAGAACCAGAGAAGAGGAAUGGAUUGCUAUUGAUCCCAUAGCAAGAAAACAUCAGAGACAUAAAAAUAAAUGCCAUAACUAAAAGGCCGUCUAGUAUGUCUUUGGGGCCCCUGGAGGCAGAAGGUGGAGUGGAGUUAGCAGGAAAGGAUAAAAGAACAAGAAGGCAAUUGUGCAUAGGAAAAGCCUACAUUUUGGAGAUUACAGUCCAACAUGUGAGGAAAUGAAGGGAUUAGAGAACAGGAUUUGGAGAAAGAACCUAGACUACAUUGCAGAUAUGAAAAUCAUUCUUUUCUAGAUCCUUAGAGGAUCCAAUAUAACAAGAUAGGUAGGCUAUUGUCACCUGCUACCUCAGACUAGGCCUAGCUUGGGCUAUCUAGGGAAGGCAUGGGUUUGGCUUAGAGAUGGGGGACAGUUUCUGGAAGCUGUCUCCAUCAUGACAGACACAAAGUGACUAACUAUUCAAUUAAAAUUUAGUAAGUAUCCAGUAGCUUACCACCUCCUUCUUAUUCCCUAUUACCUGAACAUAAUCUUUUAUACUUACCUGAGUGGCUACUGAACACUUUUCAUGAAGACAGAGUCUACAGUGACUUUUCUAUAUAGCAGGUUAGCAAGAGUCAUAAAAUAUGUUGAUAUCAGUUAUAGUAACAAUAAAAUUCCAAAUCCUAACCCUCUUUCAUAUUAUAAACUAAAGUGGAAUUACUUUUUAUUUUUCCCUUUCACUUCAAACUCAUCUCUCUUUACUUUGUAGGAAACUGCUGUACAGAGACAUAUUUAACUGACAUAUCACAGUAUUCUUUUAUAGGAAUAUAAAAAUCACUAUCCUCAGUAUUGUCAAUCAGGAGGAAUAUUCAUAUGAUAGAAGACAAUGUAGCCUGAACCAGUUUUCCCAAUCUUCCUUUAAAUUUUACUUUGCCCAGGAAGACAUCAUGGAAACAUGAACUUCAUGUUAACACUUCUUUCCACUACCUUCUAAGCAUUUUGAGCAUUGAAGUCAAUAUAAAGUUUUGAUAUGCUGGAUAAAGUGGUGCUGUGUAUGGUUAUGUGUGAAUAAUAUGGUUUUGGUAUGUGAAAUACACUUUUAGAGUAUUCUGAAUUUAAAUUAAACCCCCAAACCCACACACAUACAAGUAAGCUGUAAAGUAAAGUAAAGUAAACAUUUACUUUAGUAACACACUUGCUAGAAUUCCCACAUGCAAAAUAGACCCAAAGUGUUUUAUUAAAAUUUAAGGAUUCCUUCCUCAACUUCUCAAGCAAUGCAUUUUAACUCUAUUAUCAUUUUAUAUUAACAAAAUCAUUUUGUGCUAACAAUACAGACACAUCAAAUGAAUCUCCACACAUGUAUGGUCAUUUAUCAACUAAAAUAGUGCUUCAUUCGACACUCAUUUUAUUGUGUCUGUGGUCUUUGUGUGUCCCAAGCACCAGCCCCUUUUAAUCAUUGCCCAAUAAUUCUGUGCCAAAUGAUAUGUGAAACAAAGCUAGUCUCCCUUUGCUUACUUCACUGCAAGGAUCUCCGUCAAACUGAGUUUCCUCACAUGACUGGAGGCCACAUGGAAUCAACCCUUGCCUCUAGUUUCCACGUGAUUUGGUAGAACACUUCUUUUUCAUCUCUACACAAACAUAUUACCAAAUAUUAACAAAGCAUUCCUUAUAAAAUUCUCACUAUGAGUGCAGUCAAUACAAUUUAAAAUGGUUUAUGAUAAUACAGCUGAAGUAUUCUAUAAAUUAUAUUCAUGUGUUACCUUUCCCACACCAAAUUGUGCUGUCCAUGAUACAAACUUUACAGUAAAAAUGUUUUGUACCCCAAAAAGGGAGGAAAUAAGUAUAUGUGUGUAUAUAACAUGAAAGGAAACUUGGAUUCAUCAGUAUCCUCAGUGAAGCAAGAAUCCAAGGAAAGAGACAAAUGUGUCUUUUGAGAGUUUGCUUAAUCAUAUGCUUAAAGUAAGACAAGUCUCUGCAUGAGACUUAGAAAUCUCCUAGGAGCAGCCGACUCCACACUGAGACUCCACAGAGAGCUGGGCUAUCUGUAUUUUAGAGAAGGAAAGCGGGUGCUGAGAGCUAAGUAGCCAAUUACUUUUUAUAGCCACAUAAGGACUGGAGGCAAGUAGUCCUUUGCAACAUGUUGUAUUAUGCGAUCGUUGGCUUUGCAGGGAAUCUCACGAAUGUAUAACCUUCUGAUUGCCUUUUUGAUUGAAAGUUCCAUCUGAGAUCAAGGCACUGCAACCAGUAAUAAGAUUUCAAAAAAUCCCAUCACUGGCACUGUUGGAAAGGUUGAGCGUGCCUGAAAUCCCAUCACUGUCAGUCAAAGAGAUAAGGUAACAGUGGGCAUCACUAUAAAAGCUGCAUGAAUGCACAAUUUAAACAUGAACAUCAACACAAAAAAUGAUGCUCACACAUUCGUAUGAAUGUCCAUAUAGAUACAUCUAUACCCAUAGAUAUGCAUGUACACAAAUACACACACACACACACACAUACACACACACACACACACACACACACUUUCGAUAAAUUACUUCAGAGAAUUUAUACUAAUGUGUUCUCCUUUCAAUAAUAGUAUGUUUCCAUUUCACAGUCUCACAGACUACAAAAAAAAAACUUGAAAUGAUGGUUCUUUGUUUUUCUGACUCUAACCUUGAAGUUGAAAGAAAUCUGUCUUGGGGUAAAAGGUUUUAAAUGUGAAUUUUGUUUAUGAACAUAAUAAUAACUCAUAAAGCCUGGGAUUAGGAUUAAAUGCAUCUCACUGAGAAGCUGGAUUUGGAUGCUUUUGUAUCAUUGUAUUUUUGUGAAGAUAAUAAUUGUAGAAUAUAUUUUGUAGGAAAUAAUUUUCUCUAUGUUUACGUUUCUUUGAUUCCAACACAGUUUUCUUUGCUAAACAAAGUCCUUUGCAUUGUUGCUCAGAUGGCCAAAAAAAUGAAUAAACUGUUUACUAUCA